GAUUGCUUGGCCUUUCUGAGGCACGCAUUCGACGUGUGUCGGAAGGAACUGCAGAUGCCGUUGGGAGGGAAGCCAUUGUGCUAAAUGGAGGACUUGAGCCCUGGCAAUUGUAACGUGGUUUGUGAAUGGAGCCAUUCCCGCCACGAUGGGCAUUGGACAGUACAGUUUAGAGACGAAAUGCAGGAAAGGGAACAGUUGCUUUGCAUUGCCUGCGUGAUUGAGAUGGUGGAAGAAAACAGUGUAUCGAUUGUUCGCAAAAAAUAUACGCUUGCUUGCUUCAAGGAUGUUCUUGAAAGAUUCCCUCACACUGUGGGAGAACUGUUCUCAAUGGAUGGUCGAGUGUGCAUUCACUUUAUGACUACUUUGCUGGAUAUGCUGCAAUCUGUUGAAGAUGAUGUCACAAUUAAUCUGGCGAUUGAAGUUCUUGUGCUACUCACUGAGGAAUUUAAGGCAGAUGAGUUUGUAUGCUGCGUGCUGGAUCAAUGCCAAAAACAGUUGUCAGAAAAAAGCAGUAUGAGGAAAACUUUACCUGUUUUUACAUUGAUGGGGAAACUGUUGAUCACAAUCCCAUUCCUUGCAGAGAAGUUGAUCCACAAAUAUCCAAUGCUGCUGGAACAUAUGAGGCUAGCACUGGUUUACCCUGAUGAAGCAGUGAGAGCAUCGGUCUGCUAUAUUUUUUGUGCCAUGUACAGUUAUCCUCCUGUAGUGGAGAAGCUUUCUAUGUACUUCAGUGAGAGACUUUGUAAGCUCAUUAUUUCAAUUAUGGAGGCAGCACAGACCAAAGAACUGCAAAUAAACACCCUUGGUCUCCUCAAGCACCUUCUGCAGUUUAGACAGUUUGUGACUGUGAUGAUGAGUUCAUAUGGAACAGAAGGAGUUAACCCAGAAGAUGAAGUAGUUCCGCAGGGUACAGUACCACAAGGUGGAAAUUCACUGUGGUUACUAUUGAAAAAGUUGCUGCUCAACAAAGAUGAAACACUGCAAAUUACAAGUGUACAAUGUAUGACUUCCAUACUUGUCCACUCGCCAGUGCAGUAUGCUCCUACACUUGUAUAUGCAGACAUUCCAGAAUUUCUGUUUGAACGACUCUCUAGUACAGAUGAGAUCUUAGUCUGGUCAAUCUACAGUUGUCUUCUUUUGCUAACUGAGGAGAAACUUUUCUUUUCGAAGUGCCACUCCGUUUAUGGUAUAGAAUCCUUGGUUCGAAGCUUGAAAGAGACAAUGAAGGUGAACAAUAUUGAAGUACAGAAGCAAGGUCUGCUACUGUUUGGUGAGAUUUUAAAAAGACAACCAUCAGGAAUACAGUUGUUUAUGAAUGUUGCCAUUUGGCAUGAAGCUAUUGUUGUUUUACAAGAAGCAGUGACCAGUUCCAGUCUUGAAGUUGUGACAGAAGCAGCCAAUGCUGUGGCAGCCUUCCUUCGGAAGGAACAUCUGGCAGUACCUGUACAGUACCAGGAAUUGCAAAAGCUCAUUGAAGCAAUGUUAAUGCGCUGUGCAGAUCUUCCUGACACUAUUAGGAGUAAAGAGAGUCAGUCUAUGAGAAAAGAACAAAACAAAAGCUUUUCAAGGCAAGGGCAGUUGCUGUACAGCAAUUUAGAAGCAUUUCUUAAUGCUUGCAGGUUAGCAAUUGAUUGUCAAAAGGAUCGCUCAUUGCAAGAGAAUGCUUUCACAUCACCUGGAAUUGCAAGUGAGAAUGUGCUGGAAAAUUUCUCAGAGUUUCUGCUGACAAUUUGCGACACUUUGUGCAUCCCAAUUGUAAUGAAAUAUUAUGAAAAGGCUCCUAACGCCACAGUGAUGGAGGUUUUCUUCUCCAUUCUCAGUGUGCAGUACACUAUUUUGCCCAACACAGCCAACCUAUUUUCUGUUAAGCUAGCUUCAUCAUCUUUUAUAAAGUUUACAAUGGAACUGAAAAACAGAUUAUGUACAGGAGGCAGAAAUCCAAAAUUGAAUCAGGCUUGCUCAGACUUCCUUUGUGCCUUGUGUCGAAACCUAUUUUCAGCAACGGAAGAUGUUCUGAAUUAUCAACAUGAUCUGGAAGAAGUUUCUGCACUCUUUGCGAAGUGUAUUCCACAUCUGAACUAUACAUUUUUAGACAUUACAUCUGUACUUUUCGAAAGUUUAGACACAAUUGGAAUAGAUGAAGAUCUCCAAAACCACCAACAUUGUCUGCUAUUAUUAUUAUACUUGGCCCAUUUGUACGAUAACAGGUUUUUUUCAGAAGGUCAUUUAUUCAAAGCUAUCAGUAGCUUUUUACACACAUGCUUCGAUCGAGGACAUGCACCUCCGUCCUUUGUACUUAAAGCCGCAAUCUAUCUAUUGUCUAUAUGCCAAGAAAAGUGCAGUAAACUAGAUUUGAUAUCACUGAACUCCAUUUGUAAGCUCUUGGAGAGUAUUGCCACUGUUUCUUCUGUGUAUACGAGUCAUCCUCUAGUUCUGAAGUUUUUCUUCCACUAUCCAGAGUUGACAGACAGAUUUGGUCACUGCAUCUUGAAAUGUUGGUUUACACAUUUUGAUAUCAACCAUAGUGAGGUUGAAAAUAUGCAGGGUGAUGUAAGUUGCUUGAUGAAUAUUAUCCAGGGAAAUCCAAAUGUCCUCCUGAUUCUGCUGGAUAUAGUUCAUACUGAAGAUAUUGAAUUAGCUUUCAAGGCUUUGCUGGCUUUGAAAUCAUUCCUGAGGAAAAAUGAAAACGUGGUUCCUGCUUCUGAUUUGCUUCGACCUCGAUUUCUCCAGAUACUACAAAGGUUCACAAUAGAAAAUAAUGCACAGGCUUUCAAAGGAAAGAGGAACCUAUCUUUGGUAUUGGAUCUCCUUUCAUUGGUACAGGUAAAAAUUCAAGAUCCCAAGGAAAUGACCAGUACCGAUUUCAAGCUCCUGUAUCAUGUAAGUAACUUGGCAGGAAAAUGUAAAGACUUGAACACAGAUAUCUUACAACCUGCUCUUAAUUUCUUCUACUGCUGUUUGAAACAAACAUCAACCUACAACAGGAGCAGAGUUGUUUCUGUGUUACUGUCUAAUUCCUCCCUGAUGGAGUUCCUGGAGAAGAUAUUAGAGCUGAGCUGGUCUGACCAAUUUGAAACUGUCCCUGAUGUCCUGGUCUGCUCUGUCUGGUUAUUAUUAGCCAGUUUAGUCCAAAACCAGACCAACUAUAAGUCAGAGGUUCAUAGAACAGUCGGUGUGAAUCUGGAUAAGGCUAUCCACUGCAUCAGCUCCAGAAAGGACAGUUCACUGCUGCACGUCUGCAUUCUUCAGUUUUUGAAGACAGUUCUAAGACAUAACUUCAUAUCUCCGUUGCUUAUUAUUACUGCUACUAACGCAAAGAAUCGACCCCUACCAGAUCAGGAUGCCUUGUUGUAUCCAUUCUCUUAUCAACAGAUCAUUUUGUUCUUUUUUCAUCUACAGAACUUUCUAGUUCAGGGAGAUGACCUUCUUCUCUGUUCUGCAACUGGCUGUUUGGAAAUACUGAUGGAGUACUUGCACAAUAGGGACCAGGCCACAGUCUGUCAUGUGAUGUCACAGCCCUGGAGUCGAUUCCUUCUUUUCACAUUGGUGAAUACUGCAGAGAGCUGCCGUCUCAAUUCUGGCUUCCUCAGACUUCUCUCUGUGUUUCUGAAAUAUAACAGUAAGAAUAUUGUUUCUGAAUCUGAUGUGAAGCGAGUCCUACAGAUGGCAGCACAGCUAAAAUUGGAAGAAUUGAGCAGCGACACAGCUGAGGCUUUGAUCAAUUUUCUAAAACAGUUGCAUCUACAAAGUGGCAAACUGUUCAAUAUGGAGCAGAAGGACACGGAGGUUGUCCAUUCCUUGUUGGAGGAUCUAGAGAACAGAACCUCAACUCAACCUGAUGCCAUGAAAAUUAUAUUUAUUGGCAAACUAGCAGUCUGUCUGUCUGAUGUCUCCAGCUGCCACAGGGAAUAGGGAAAUCAAAUCAAGACUACAUUUUCAUUGUUAUAUGGAUUAAACCAGCUUCGUCUUCACAAAAUACAUGUGGCUCUGGGAAUUGGUGUAAAUAAAAUGUGAUGAAUUAAAUGUGAUUGGAAGUAAUAAUUGUACCAUGUUUUUGUUUAAUUGCAUCUAUUUGUAAUAAUGCAAAAAAAGAUUCUCCAGGAAAAUACGGACUGAAGUAUGUAAUUACAGUAUUUGUAGAAUGUAUGGAAGAAUUUGGUUUAUCAGUCACAUGCUCCUAAUAAAGAAUAUUGUUAACUGAACUUGGCCACUUUGCAUUCUUUAUAAAACUGUACUUGCUUAAUUAGUUAAGCAGGAUGUCAUGGUACAAAGAUAGAUUGGGUGAAAUCUUUGGAUUUAAUCCCUGAUCUGUGCUGAUCACUGUAGUGGAAAUACUAAUAUUUUCAAGAGAAGUUCUGAACAAAGUAGCAUAAAAGAAGCUUGGUCUUAGGUUACAGUCCAGCUCUUAACUGAGGAACAAGAAGAGAAAUAUCUGCGUGUAAAAUAAAGA